CCGGGUGUUACAAAACUGUCUCAAAUUUUAACAUUGCAGUUUCCAUUCUAAAAGUAAUUGUUCUGUGAUGCAAGGUGUUGAGAGUUAAUUAUCAGCAUAUGUUUUCACCGAUUUUGCAUCACAAUUAAAAGUUCAAACGAAAUAUUUCGAUAAAAAUGAGUUACGUUGGCCGAGUAAUCGUCUACGGAGGCAGAGGAGCCCUGGGAGCGAAGUGCGUUUCGCAUUUCAAAGCAAACAAUUACUGGGUGGCCUGCAUAGAUCUAACAGAAAACACAGAAGCCGAUUUCAAUUUGAUUGUUAACAAGGAAGAAAGUUUUCAAGAUCAGGAAAAAUCAAUUCUUUCUCGUCUCGAUUCAACAUUAAGUGGUUCAAAACUGGAUGGAAUUUUUUGUGUCGCAGGUGGCUGGGCGGGAGGUAAUGCUGCCAAAGAUUUAACUAAAAACUCAGAGCUCAUGUGGCAGCAAAGUGUAUGCAGUUCCUUGAUUACUGCGUCUCUGGCUUCGAAGCAUUUAAAAGAAGGUGGAAUAGUUCAGUUGACUGGGGCCAAAGCUGCUUUGGAAGCAACUCCAGGUAUGAUUGGAUAUGGUAUGGCAAAAGCUGCAGUUCACCAUUUGACAAAAUCUCUUGCUGAAAAUGGCAGCGGUCUUCCUGAUGGUUCCACUACUGUCGCUAUACUUCCAGUUACUUUAGAUACACCAAUGAAUAGAAAAUGGAUGCCAAAAGCUGAUUUCUCUACCUGGACUCCAUUGGAAUUUGUGGCAGAUCUGUUUGUGAGAUGGGCAUCAGGAAAAGAUAGACCAAAAAGUGGUAGUUUAUUACAGGGAUGGAUAAAUGAAGUUGUAGAGCCACUAGAAUUCGAAGAUUUCUUACAAAGUUAUCAAAACUUAAUCGAUAGAGAUCCGUUAAGGUGUAUUUUAGACAUUCCACAAGGAGAUGUUGAGGUUGAGAUAAUAGAUAGGCCCAUAAGAACCAUACGCCCUAUUUUACCAGAAGAGAAAAUAGAUUCUUUACCACCACAUGUGCAGACUUGUAUUGAAUGCUACAAAUCUUGUUGGAAAGUUAUUCGAUAUAAUAACAGGUCUUAUAGCAAUUUAGCUUCACAUAGUAGCGGUAGGCAAAGCGUAAUAUCUAUAGCUUCCGUGUCGUCUUGUGGAGAUACACUUACUCCUCGCAAUUCUUGGGCCUCUUUAGAUUUGAGACACUCAGCUGGAGAUCCUCUAAUACCGGAAAUCUUAGAGCAUUCCGUCCCAGAGGCCUUAGAUCAGUUAAACGAGAGCAGAAGGCAGAUAGAAAGGCAAGAUGCUCUAUUUACUCUCACAGCUGAAGGCCAAAAUGAGAAUGAUACUGUUGAAAAAAGACUACCAGCCAUUGCUCCUUAUGAACAUGUGGGCCACAGAGUGUUGGUAAAGUGCCUGCAACUUGUAAUGGAAAUAGAAGUAGAACCAUUAUUCGCCUCUAUGGCUUUAUAUGACUGUAAAGAACGCAAAAAAGUAUCUGAGACGUUUUAUUUUGAUUUGAACCCAGAGGGUUUGAAACGAAUGUUAGGUGGACAUGUGCCUUAUGCUGAUACGAGUUCUUUAGCUAGGGGAUGUAUUUUUAACAUAACUCACCCUUCUCCUGAUCUCUUUAUCGUGAUAAGAUUAGAAAAAGUCUUGCAAGGCGAAAUUGGCGAAUGUGUCGAGCCGUAUUUAAAAGAGGACAAGAAUAGAGAUAAGUUGAAAUCUAUUGCUGUGUCUGUGUGUGAGAGAUUGGGAAAGUAUAGACAAGCAUUUGCUUGGACUGCUAUAAAUUUGGUGAAUGUUAUUAAUGGAGGAAAUUCUCUAGAAAGGGACUCUGAUAAAGAUUCCAUGGGAGGUGGGUCAAAUACCAACAGUUUAGACCGAAAAUCAUCAGCUAGUGGUCUAGAACAUCUAAGACGGCGAGCUACUGAUAUGGGUACUUUAACGCGCCGAGGAUCUUUAGAAAGACAGAAUAAAAGAAGAUCGUGGUCACCGGAUCAUCUUGCUAAUAACAUAGAUACGUUCAGACCCAUAACUCUAACCAUGUCGUCUUUCUUUAAACAAGAAAGUGAUAAAUUAAAAGACGACGAUUUGUACAAGAGUUUGCAAGAGUUAAAAAGACCCACGUUGGUUUUGAAAAAAUUGAAAUGCAUACCAGCAACAUUAAAAUUGGAAAUAUCUCCUUGUCCACCGGAAGUAAGAAAUUGUUUGACUCCUGAAUUGGUGAAAUUGCGCCCAUUUCCAGACGAAAAAAGCCGGCCGAUGAAAGAACUUUUAGAAUUUCCAAUCAAAGAAAUAUUAGUCCCGCAUUACAACUACAGAAACCUUCUGUAUGUAUCUCCAAAGGAACUGAACUUUUCGAACAGAACCGGUUCCGCUAGGAACCUAGCGGUUCGACUACAACUCAUGGCGGGCGAGGAAGAAAAGAACGCUCUGUAUAACAUUUUCGGGAAGUCCAGCUGCCCGGAAAUGUUAAACGAGGCUUAUUCGGGGGUUACGUAUCAUUGCAAGAAUCCGGCGUUUUACGAUGAGAUCAAAAUCAAGUUACCAGCCGCUUUGGCCGAUAAUCAUCACUUGCUGUUCACGUUCUACCAUAUUUCCUGUCAGAAAAAGAUGGAACAGAACACUUGGUUGCCGCUUCUUAGAGACGGUCGUCUAAUAUCGGGAGAAUUUUGCCUGCCGAUAAUGUUAGAACCGCCUCCUCGAAACUACAGUUACAUCCCUCCAGAUGUAUGUUUGCCGGGUACCAAAUGGUUAGAUAAUCACAAGGGAUUGUUUACUGUUACAUUGGAUACAGCUUCUUCCGUGCAUACACAUGAUCCACCUAUAGAACGGUUUUUUGCCGCUUACGAUUUUGUUCACACUGGAAUUAUACCACAAAGACUGGGAGAAGUUGGAUCUGAAAACGAAUUAAGAAAUCAACUAUUAGCCACAUACGUUCAAUUCCAAUGCAACAUGCCUCAUCCACUAUACAAUCACAACUCUCCGGAUUAUGAAAACGCUUCACUAAUGACGCGCAGCUCGUCGAAUCCCGAUUUAGAAGUCGCUCACGUUCAGUAUUCUAGAGGGUUAGACAGAGCCGCAAGCAUGCGUGUACAAACCAAUGAACUGUUGAGUCCUAAUGCGUCUACGUGUCAAAGGAUCGUCCAUCAGGAGUUGGCUCUACAAUGGGUAGUAUCCAGCGGCAGAUCGAAGGAUUUGGCCAUGCAGAAUGCUUGGUUCUUGUUUGAGCUCGUCAUUAAAAGCAUGGUCGAACAUUUAGCACACACAAGAUCCCUGGAUGCACCUAGAAAAAUAAGAUUCUCUGAACAAUUCUUGGACGACAUUUCCACACUAGUCCAUACGGUCACCGCCGAAAUAAUAUCCCAUUCUACCGGCGAAACGCGCAAAGCUCACAAGCUUAACGCCGCUUUGGCGUUCUUUUUCUUUGAUUUGCUUUCAAUAGCCGAUAGAGGAUGGGUUUUCCACCUGCUCAGGUCCUACAACAAGCAACUGCAAGCCAAGAUCGCUUCCAUACAGGAUUCAGUUCUAGUAGAGUUGAAAUUGGAGUUCGCUCGGAUCAUUUGCAGCCAUGAACACUAUGUUGCGUUGAAUCUACCGUUCGCUUCGCCAUUUAUGUCUACCGAUACCAACGUAUCGCCGUCACCGAGCGUUACCAGCUCCACCAGUCAGAAUUCGUUCUUGUCUGGUGCGCCUCCGAGUCAGGAAAGGGCCAGUACUUUUGCUGAACUGUCGUUCGAGUAUAGGCAACAUCAUUUCUUGUGCGGUAUUGUCUUGGCUGAUUUGGCGACCGUUCUUCUAGAGAUGCAUCAGUCGUCUUUGCACAGCAAAACAGUAGACACUUUAAAACAACUUCUGUCUUGGCACGAUUCUGAUCCGCGAUACAGCUCUCCCGAAGCAAGACAAAGAGUAGCGGCAUUAUAUUUGCCAUUGCUAUCCAUAGCGAUGGACGUUUUGCCUCUUCUACACCAUUUUAAAAUGGAUAAGACCCAGUACGCCAACGAGGAUAUCGCUCCCAGUAAUAUCAACCAAACCCUGGGUUUAUCGCCAGAUGUCACUCGUAACAUUCUUACUUGCGUCUUAUGGGUACUGAAAAAUGUCGAAAGAGAUUCUCUAUCGCAGUGGUUGGGAGAGUUAUCCUCCUCACGUCUGGCGACGCUGUUACAUCUUCUAGACUCUUGUACUAGUUGCUUCGAGUACAGACCGAGGAGGAGAGCACCGCCGCCGUCUGGCUACGCCCACGCGCAAACUACUCAAGACAUGCGAUCUAGAUUGGAGGACGUCAUUUUGGGCCAGGGUUCCGCUAGAGAGAUGAUGCAACGGAGAAAAGGCGGAGCUACCCAGGCGCAAGAAAAGGUCCGUUGGCGUAAAGAACAACUGUACAGACCGGUCUCCGAUCACGUUGAUAGACCUAGAGACGAAUUCUCGAACGACGUCCAUUUGGAAGGCCAUCUAGCCACCGAAGCUUCGUUUAUCAUACUGGAUACUCUCGAAAGAUGCGUUGCUACUAUUUCCCAGUGGGAUUCUCAGCAACAUUUGGUCGGAUUGGCGUUGUCUGUGCUGUUGCACGCACUGGGAAAGAACCAAAGCACUACGGUGUUGCCGCAUAUGUUCGCGUCACAAAGAAGUCUGGUAUUUAAGUUUCAUAGUGCCUUAUUUGAUGAAGAAAGUUCUCACUGCGCUGACCUAUGUUUGUUAUUGUUAAAACACUGCGGUUCUCAGAUAGCUUCAGUCAGAUCUCAAGCCGCAGCUUCACUGUAUCUACUGAUGAGACAAACUUUCCAGAUCGGUAACAACUUUGCUAGAGUAAAAAUGCAAGUAACGAUGUCCCUCAGCAGCCUUGUCGGUACCUCAGCUUCAUUCAGCGAUGACUCGUUACGUCGUUCAUUGAAAACCAUCCUCGAAUACGGAGAAAGAGACAGCGAACUGCAGGAGACGACGUUCCCGGAACAAGUCAGAGAUCUCGUCUUUAAUCUGCACAUGAUCCUCUCCGAUACGGUCAAAAUGAAAGAAUUUCAAGAAGAUCCGGAGAUGUUGCUAGAUCUGAUGUACAGGAUCGCUAAAGGGUAUCAGAACUCACCCGAUCUGAGACUGACAUGGUUGGCUAAUAUGGCACAAAAGCAUAUGGAACGUGGGAACCACACGGAAGCUGGGAUGUGUUUGGUUCAUUCAGCAGCUUUAGUGGCUGAAUAUCUGGCUAUGUUGGAGUCUCUACCAUAUUUACCUGCUGGAGCCUCAGCUCUGGAAAGGGUCAGUCCUAACGUUCUGGAAGAAAGCGCGGUUUCCGAUGAUGUGUUAAGUCCUGAAAAAGAGGGUGGGUGUCUAGGAUCUCAUUUUACGGAAGCUGGGUUGUUGGGUUUGCUGGAACAAGCAGCUAGUAGCUUCAAUGUUGCCGCUAUGUAUGAGCCCAUGAACGAUAUUUAUAGGGUGUUGAUUCCUAUCGCUGAGAAUAAUAAAGAUUUUAAGAAAUUGGCCAACAUUCACGGGAAACUUCACGAAGCUUAUACGAGAAUCGAUCAAUUGUCAGGGAAAAGAAUGUUUGGCACGUACUUCAGAGUCGGUUUUUAUGGAUCAAAAUUCGGAGAUUUGGACAGGGAGGAAUUCAUUUACAAAGAGCCAACUCUUACGAAACUGCCGGAGAUUUUCAGCAGAUUAGAAAAUUUUUACACUGAAAGAUUCGGCGCUGAGAAUGUCAUUAUAAUAAAGGAUUCAAAUAUAGUCGACAUCAGCUCUUUGGAUUGUGAAAAGGCAUAUAUCCAAAUCACUUACGUUGAACCAUAUUUUGAACAGUACGAACUCCGUUAUAGACAAACGCACUUCGAUAGAAACUUUAAUAUGAAAAGAUUUGUAUACGCAACUCCAUUUACUAUGACAGGUAAGGCACAUGGAGAACUGAAAGAACAAUACAAGAGAAAAACUAUACUGACGACUGCUGUACAUUUUCCUUACGUGAAAACUAGAAUCCAAGUGUUAUCUCGAUCACAAAUUACCCUCACACCCAUCGAGGUGGCAAUCGAGGAUAUUCAUAAAAAGACCUUAGAACUUGCUAUCGCUACCAAUCAGGAACCGCCAGAUCCGAAGAUACUUCAGAUGGUACUGCAAGGCUGUAUUGGAACGACUGUGAACCAAGGUCCUUUGGAAAUGGCUACAACGUUUUUACCCACCGACGGGAAGGCUCUCACCAAGCAUCAGAACAAGUUGCGGUGCCAUGAUGCAUUGAAAAAGAACAAAAACCUGAUAGGGCCGGACCAAAGAGACUACCAAAGAGAAUUGGACAGAAAUUAUAAGAGAUUCAUCGAUAAGUUACAGCCUUUGGUUAACCCGCAGUCUAUAACUAUAAUUAACUCCAGCCCACAUAAAUAUCCUCAUGCAGAUAAUUCUCCGUUGAGAUGGUGAUUAUUUUCAAACAAGACUGUCGUAUAAAACCAUAUCGAAUUGUUUGUCGUUUUUGACAGCUUUUUUAGCUUUAAACAGUAUUUUAUUGUCCAAAAAUGUUCCAGUUUACGAAAAAACUGUACUAGUUAUAGUAUAUAGUGCAAAGCAACAUGCUGGAUAUUGAAUCAAACAGUAAGCUUAGAAUGUUGAUUCUUUUAAAAAGUUGGGCGCUAAAUCUUGUGAGCGUUAAAAUUUUCUAUUGCAUUACUGAGAAAAAGCGAUUCUUGUUUAUUUUCUAAUAAUAGCUUUAAUUUAUUUUUCCUAACAGUAUAUAUACAGGAAAAUAUCUAAAAGUAAAUAAUUUUUUUUAUAACAAAUAUGUAUCACCUUUAAGUUAUAUAAUAUGAAGUUGAAUCGAAUAUUAAUUACCGAUGAUAGAUAGCAAUAAUACAUUUAAAUACCGCACAAUUUAAUUAAAGUCAAUUUUGAAAAUGCCUUCAUUAGAUUGUAUGAAAUGUAAGCCAUUUUUGUAAUAGUUAUGAAUAUAAAAAUGUAAAAAUGAAUUAACAACUAGAUAAUUGUUAGUUUAAAAAUAUAUUUUCUUCAAAAUUAUUGGAUUGGAAUGCAUACUUGGAUUUUAGGACAAAAAGUCCAAAACAAUACUUAAUUUGUUAAUCUCCAUAAAAGAUUGAGGCACAUAGUUUAAGAUUUUGCUUUAUUAUUUGUUAUUCAAAUAUAUGUUGUACAACUGUAACUUUUCAUUACAAAAGACCCCGCAGUUUCCUUGUGGUAAAUGACUUUCGGUCAAAUCUGCUAAAUUUUUUAUAUGAUGCAGUUUUUGACCUCCUGAUUAAUGGGCAAAAAGUUCUCCUAUAACUAAUUUUCGAGAUACAGGGUGUUAAACUGGUGAAUUCUCAUAAUUUUCUAAAAUAAUUUAAGACAUAAACGUUAUAAUUUUGUUGACAUUUAUGAAUAUUAAGUUAUAUUUUGGCUCUCUAAUAGGUUUGCCACCUUUUUAAAAAGUGAAUAAAGGUAAGGUUUACGAAAGGGAAAAGCGGUACAACGGUGACGACAGGGGAUCCAUUUAAAGUAUUUUUGGCAAAAAA